AUGAGCUCGCAAGCCGAGACUUCCGGUUCUCCACGGCUCAAGCCUGAGCGAACCAAAAGAGAGUGUGACUUCGGGGCGACAGAGACCCGUAUUCAGGAUGUGUCUCAACCGGAGACAUGUGAUCUGAAUGGAAUGAGUAUCUUCGGAGCCUCGACGACGGUCCCUCGCCAUCGUGAAGUACAACUCACAGAAGUGCUCUUUGGAGUUACGUCAUACUAUAAUUCGAUCUCGCCAAGUCGAGAUGUUCAUUUCACCUGUCACUCCUAUCUACGAGCUCCGAGACUCCGUUACUUGAAUGCGGCCGAUCAAUCAUUUCUCGAGUCGCAGAAGAGCCUCCAUGUCCCUGCUGGAAUCAUUCUUGAGACAUUGGUCUCGCGGUACUUUCUCUAUGUGCAUCCGUGUUUGCCCAUUCUCAACGAAGCAGAAUUCUGGGCCUUGAUCGGUGACCAGAUGUCGUCCGAGUCUUCAUUCUCUCUAUUGGUAUUCCAGGCGAUGAUCUUCGCUGCUUGCAGUUACAUCUCCCUCGACGACGCAAAAACAUGGGGGGCCACAUCGAUCCUGGAGAUGCGCAAUUCCUUUUAUCGACGGGCAAAGCUUCUGUACGACUUUGGCGUGGAAGAUGAUCCUCUUCGUAUUUCGCAGGCCUUGACCCUGUUGACCUAUCAGAGUUCGGGGACGGACCACCUCAGUAACAGCACCUGGCUUGGACUCGCAAUUCAGCAAGCUCGACUGGCCAAUGCUCACGUGUACUACCGUUGUCCGCCUAAAGCGAAGUAUAAGCGGUCAGAUUUGAAGCGUCUCUGGUGGUGCAUUAUCAUUCGGGACAGGGUUAUUUCUUUGGGCAUGCGCAGGUCGCUCCAAAUCGCGCCGAGCCAAUUUGAUGCCAUGGCCCGAGAACCGUUACAGGCCGAUGAUCUGUCGGACGAGAUUGAGGCGUCCAAAGUCUACGAUGCCGACACGAAACGAGUGCUUUGCCGGAUUCUAACCAGUCUGUGCCAGCUUGUUGCGUCAUUGACCAAUCUCAUUGAUACGUUGUAUCCUUUGGAUCCGUAUCCAGAUUGCCAUGCGAGUCAAACGGCGAGCAUCGCCUCGAUAGACGAUAUUCAAGCCCGACUGGGCUAUUGGCAGACAUAUCAAAUGCUUCGACCAUCUCCCGACGAUUACAGAAUUCACAAAUCUGUAGCUUUCUUUAAGCAGCUUACUGCUUUGUAUUUCGAGUCCGCACGUCUUGCGCUCUACCAAUACAUCUCCCUUCGAAUUCAUCGCAACCAAAGACCAGAAGAUUGGCCAGACCUCAUGGACGCGGUUUCGGCAAUCCAUGACGUGGUCAAGAAAUUCGUGGCCGAUGGAACCGCCAGCCAUCUUCCAAUCAGUGCGGUGGCAUACACAGCACUGCCCCAGAUGGUACUCAAUUUGAACUUUCGCCUCUCAGACGACGCUGUGACCCGCCGCCGCCAGGAGCUAGUUCUCCGUAACUACAUGGAACUCAAUCGCCAAUUUGGCCUGCGGUACGACGUCGCCCACGUCAGCGUCUGGGUCAACCGAAUUGUCCGACUCUUUGAAGUAUCCUUGUCCCCUAUUAAACCACAACUCGCCGAUCUCGCUCGCAAGGAGAGGGUAUUUCCCGGCAAGGACUGUCUGUACCUUCUUAAACUGGAGCCGGAGCUAUACUUCAAGAUUUCCGGGAUGAUGGACGCUUCAAUGGCGACGGGGCAAUUGGCUUUCGAAUUCCUCGGGCCCAGCUUUGAUUCACCUGAUCCUGCCAUGUCGUUCUUUCAGACGGAAUGCCAGCGAGCAGCCGAUUCGCCCUUGACCAUGCUCAGUGAGCCACAAAGGGCGAUUCAGUCUGCCGAGGAUGAUAAUGUGGAAGAAGAGUGUGACGCAGAGUGGACGGAUCUUACGUCGAUUGAGCUUCUUUCAAGGGGAUUAGGUCUUUUCGGAGAAUAA